AUGAUUGUGCCCUGCUCAGACAUGUGUGGAGUGGUGACACAGGUUGGGCCUGACGUGACCAAGUGGACAGUUGGUGACCGGGUGCUUUCGACUUUUCUGCCCGAUCAUCAAACCGGCCAGGUGACUGAGAAGGAACUUGCCAAGAGCCUGGGGCUGCCGCAGGAUGGUGUCCUUGCAACUCACCGCAUGUUCCCUGACUAUGGCCUGGUAAAAGCGCCUAGUUUCAUGUCAGAUGAGGAGGCGGCGACGCUUCCCAUUGCUUCAGUCACGGCGUGGAUGUCUAUCAAUGGCAUGCGACCGAUAGGGCAGAGUGGCGGACAGGACGAAUACGUCUUGCUCCAGGGAACUGGUGGCGUGGCUAUCGCCGGGCUGCAGAUUGCAAAGGCCGCUGGAGCGAAGGUUAUCAUCACCUCCUCGUCCGAUGUCAAAUUGGACCAGGCUAAAAAGCUAGGUGCUGAUUUUACUAUCAACUACCACACAAACCCCAACUGGGAAGCCGAAGUGAUGAAAAUUACUGAUAAUCGCGGUGUUGAUAUCAUCUUGGAAGUUGGCGGUGCCAAAACCUUGCGAAAGAGCUUCGAUUGCAUCGCUUUUGGGGGAUUGAUCAACUGCAUUGGCUAUGUCUCAGGCAAAAUAGAUGCCGAUGAGGACCGCCUGAAUGUCAAUUUAUUGACUCUCCGUCGAACUGUGACACUCAAAGGGAUUAUCAACGGUCCUAAGGAUCGGUUUGAAGAGAUGAUCCGUUUUUAUGAGAUUAACGAGAUUCAGCCGGUAGUCAACCGAGUCUUUUCGUUUGCCGAUUCCAAAGAAGCAUUCAAAUUCCUGGAAAGCGGCAGCCACUUCGGCAAGGUAGUUAUCAAGGUUCAAUAG